UGGGGGGAAAAAUCACGCGAGUAGAACCUGUAAAAAAAAAAACAACAAAACAACCAAACAAAAACGAAAAAUCCGCACAAGAAAUCUCACGCUUCCUCACCCAGCGACUCCACAAGGAUCAGAGUUUGACCGUGUGCACGAUCUUCAGCCAUUGCACCUAUGCAUUUUUUCACCGAUGUUGUUUGAUGCAUGGGUAUAAGUUUGUGAAUCUGGAGGCUUCGCUUUUGUUUUGUGAGUUUGUUUAGUUCAUAUCAAAGCACUGUGAUCAAGAACAGCGCAGAAGUUUUCACUCCUCUACAGGAAUGUCCCAGAAGGAAAGACCCACUUUUUACCGACAGGAGCUCAAUAAGACCAUAUGGGAGGUGCCGGAGCGGUACCAGAGUUUAUCACCCGUGGGUUCUGGAGCAUAUGGAUCUGUAUGCUCGGCGUAUGAUGCAAAGUCAGGCCUGAAGGUUGCGGUGAAGAAGCUGUCACGGCCAUUCCAGUCCAUCAUACACGCCAAACGCACGUACAGAGAACUGCGUCUGCUCAAACACAUGAAACACGAGAAUGUAAUUGGCCUCCUCGAUGCUUUCACAACUGCCACCAGCCUAGAAGAAUUCAAUGACGUGUACCUGGUGACUCACCUGAUGGGUGCAGAUCUCAACAAUAUCGUGAAGUGUCAGAAGUUGACAGAUGAUCACGUCCAGUUCCUCAUUUACCAGAUCCUACGGGGAUUGAAGUACAUUCACUCAGCAGACAUCAUCCACAGGGAUCUUAAACCCAGUAACUUGGCUGUAAAUGAAGACUGUGAACUUAAGAUUUUGGACUUCGGGCUGGCACGACUUACAGACGAUGAGAUGACGGGAUACGUAGCCACCAGAUGGUACCGUGCCCCAGAGAUCAUGCUCAACUGGAUGCACUACAACAUGACAGUGGACAUCUGGUCGGUGGGCUGCAUAAUGGCUGAGCUCCUCACAGGACGGACCCUGUUUCCCGGCACUGAUCAUAUAAACCAGCUUCAGCAGAUAAUGCGACUCACAGGGACCCCACCAGCCUCUCUAAUAAGCAGGAUGCCAAGCCACGAGGCAAGGAACUACAUCAACUCCCUGGCACAUAUGCCCAAGAGGAACUUUGCAGAUGUGUUUAUUGGUGCAAACCCAUUAGCUGUGGACCUGCUGGAGAAGAUGCUGGUUCUGGACACAGAUAAACGGAUCACAGCGUCAGAGGCCCUUGCGCACCCGUACUUCGCCCAGUAUCACGACCCAGAUGACGAGCCAGAGGCAGAACCCUACGAUCAGAGCUUUGAGAGUCGUGAGCUAGAGAUAGAAGAAUGGAAACAGCUCACAUACGAGGAGGUGAUCAGCUUCGAGCCACCCGUGUUCGAUGGAAACGAGAUGGAGUCAUGAGGAGCCACUCUUCCUGGACGACCAGCUGGAUCUUCAUCAAUACAGGAAACUGACAUUCAAGUGCCUGCCAUUAUGAAGUGCUGGCUUCAAUAUUUUCUCUGAGACAGCUUAUUCACUCUGCCUUUAUACACUCUGUUAAAUGAGGAAAACAAACUUGCAAACUUCUCCAUUUGAAUUUUGAAAGGGACACAGAGAAUGUAUUGUUCUUUAUAUCUUCGCUUUCUUCCCCAAAAUUAACUACACUUAUGGCCAGACCACUUUUAAAUAAAAUAAAAAUAUGUAUUCUCACAUAUCAGUCAGAUGAAUAUCAGCAUUUUAAGCUUGCGGUUCCAUUUUUAAUAUUCUUUUUUGGGGAAGUAAAACAUGUACCUCGAUUCCAAACUCUGCUUGUAGCCAAUAAUGCAAAUGGACAGACAAGCUCAAGAGCUGUCAAAAUGCUACGAUUUAGAUAUGUAUAUAAAAUGGCACAGCUGUAAAUAAAAAAAUUAUGUGCACCAACAGUUUUAUUUAGGAUUUGCUGUAAAGUGCACCAUUAACAUCUGGUCUCAGAAUUUGACCUGCAAUUUAAGUAGCAAAAAUUAUCUAAAAAGUGAAUCCAAUCAGCUAAACAGAAUGUUAUUUCUAUUAAGUGCUCUGUGUAGAAUGUAAACAGAAGAGUGUCAAUGCAGCGUUCUUUUCCUAACUGAGUCUCUGUCCUAGAUAAUGGUAGAUGAUAGGAUCAGUAAUAAAUGCUGAUUGUAUGACUGCAGCCAUGCUUGCUUUUGACAUGAAAAUGAUAUGAGUGAAUCUCAGAAAAUUGUCGAGGUCCAAUUUCACCCUAAAAUCACAAAUUAUAUCUUGCAUAGUGAAAAUAAAGCCUAUUUUUAGGAGCAUUAAUAUUUGGACUUUAUUUAAAUGUGGAGGUAUUUAUACGUCAUUAUAGUACUUGAUGCACUGCCUUUAAUGUAUUUAUAAUUGUAUAACAGUAAUUUUUACUGUAUUACAAUAAUGAGAAUUAACAUUGAGAAUAUUGGGACAUCUGUAUACAUUAGGGUAACAAGAAUUUGUUUGUUUAAGGGGAAUUUGUGCUUGAUUGUCAUGAAAUUGUCAUUUAAAUAAUAUGGGGUCAAAUGUGACCUGGCCAGACAUGUUCCUGACCAGUUUUGUGAGAUUCACCCCUUUUGUCUUUCUGAAAUACAGAGUUAUUGGCCUGUUUUUCGAAUGAGUUCACAUCUUGUUACGAGCAGCUGGUAAUCUAGCUAGACUGAAGUGUGGUUUCUUUCUUUUCACAUUUUUUUCCUUAAUUUAUUAUUUAUGAAAAUUUAGAGAAAUUUGGUUAAAAUGGAGAUCAAGGUUUUAACAGGAAGUUUGUGUCAUCAGGACAAAUCUUUGAGCAUGACCGCACAAUAGUCCACAAUACAACAGUCCUCCGUACAGCCUGAAAAUUUAGGCAUGUAAAAAUAAAAGAACCUGAGCCAGUGCUCUGUUAUUCCAUAAUCUCUCAUUAAAAUUCUCUCAUCAUUUACUCACCCUCAUGCCAUCCCAGAUGUGUAUGAAUUUAUUUCUUCUGCUGAACACAAAGAUUUUCACAAACUAAUAUUUCAGCUAUGUAGUGCCUCAGUAAGUGAAUGGGUACCAAAAUUUGAAGCUCCAAAAUGUAUAUAAAGGCUGCAUUUAAAGUAAUCCAUACGGCUCCAGUGUUAAAUCUAUGUCUUCAGAAGUGAUUUGAUAGGUGUGCGUGAGAAACAGAUCAAUAUUUAAGUCCUUUUUUUACCCUUAAAUUUUUCUCCCUGCCCAGUAGGUGGUGAUAUGCAUGAAGAAUGCGAAUAGCCAAAAACAAAAGAAGAAUGUGAAAGUGGAGAUUGUUAAAAAGGACUUAAAUAUUGAUCUGUUUCUCACCCACACUUACAUCAAUUCUGAAGAUAUGGAUUUAACCACUGGAGUCUUAUGGGUUACUUUUAAGCUGACUUUAUGCCUUUGGAAUUCAAAGUUCUGGUCACCAUUCACUUGCAUUGUGAAGAGCUGUACAGAGAUGAAAUAUUCUUCAAAAAAUCUUUGUUUUUGUUUAGCAGAAGAAAGAAAGUGCUACACAUCUGGGAUGGCAUGAGGGUGAGUAAAUGAUGAGAGAAUUUUCAUUUUUGAGUGAACUAUUCCUUUAAUUGAACAUCUCAGACUAAAAGACUUGCAAGGAAUGUGUUUUCUCAAUUGGAAUCUGCAUCUAACUUACUGUAUCGGUUCAGUUGUUUUAAGAAUUGUUAGUUUAAGUGUUCACUUUUCCACUGUAUAUUAUCACUUAAAUUUAUUCAGAAAUAUUUGUGCAUGUAUUUUAUGUAAGGCAAUGUGUUUCUAUUUGUUUGCACAUUUACAGGGAAACCGUGUCAGUCUGCAGAAAGGUAAUGUAGUGCAUCCAGCAGUAAAAUCCAUUAAUUGUGGGUUUUGUUUUAUUUUUAAUGGAAAAGAGGUUAUGUCUCUCUUUUAUGCAAAACAGGUUUUUCCUCAGUCAUCCAUGAUAAGCAGCUACAGUAUGUGGUCUGUAAACAACUCCUCCUAUACAGGAAUAAAUUCAGUUAUUUUCGCAACAUUCACUCUUUGAUAUAACUCCAGUAUUUGGAUGCAUGUCAUGGCAAAACAAGUGAAAAACUGGUUUUUAUUCCAUUCUGAACAAUAAAAUGUUUGAAAGACUAAGACGUGAUGCAUUAGUUCAUACUAAAUCUUAACAAAUACUGCCCUCAAGUGGUCAUUUCUCUCAUACAUCCAAAGAGUUGUGAAACAUUGUAUUUCAUAAUAGUUGUGAAAAGAAAUUCACUGCAUGUUAUUACAAAUCACCAUAGUUCUUUAUUGAAAUUUCUGAAUCGUGGCUUGAGAAAUUAGUCACUUAUGUUGGCUAGUUGUCACUUUUUACUACAGCAAAAAGUUCUCAGGGUAUGUUUAUUUUUGAAUGUCAAUUUCUGUAGAGCCACUGUGAAGUCUUGUCUACAGAAAAGCUACAUUUUUACCUUUAUUGCCCAAGAAUAAAAGGAGAUACGGCUCACUGAACAGAUAUUGACCUUUUGUGACAACAUGCUGCAAUAGCAGUAACAUACAAAAUUUCAAGCCAUUGAUUUGGCCAAGAAAUACUGUAGUGAAUUUAUUGACAUGUGACAACUUGCCUUGGCCUCAGAUGAAAAAUUCCCUUGUUAUGAGAACAUACAGUAGUUCAAACGUUCCAUUAAAAUCUACCAUCAUUAUAGAGUUGACCCUUGCCUGAACGUAUGCCAGUGUGGUUUUAGUGUGAUCACUCGUUUACCAAAUAUCAAACUGUUCUAAAACAUACUGUUUUAAGGUCAUCAUCAGAAUAUGGUGACAAACAUGUACCUUGACUUUUCAGUCAUGGUAAAAGAUUUCAGAUAAUCAAGAAACCCCAUUUAAAAGGCAUCACGCUAUAGCCUAACCUUUUAUUUAAUAAUUUUGAAAUGGUUUGACUAUAUCGUUUUACACUUUUUAUUUUUUAUUUUUUAUUUUUAUUUUUUUUUUGUCAAUUGCCUGAAAAAACACUUGUCUACUUUUUCUGGGACACUACUUAUAUGACAUUUACGGUUAUUUAUGUGUUUAUUUUUUUACUCAGGUCAAGCAUUAGUGCAAGGCCUAACAAGUGUGCAAAAAAAUAAAGAAAUUAAUUAACUAAAAAUAAGUAAUAAUUGAAAUAAUUAUUUUUUAUCCCUUUAUUACAUAUUGGUGUUCUCAACGUCAAAAACUUGUAUUUUGAAAAUGCAGAAAGUUGUGAAAAAGGUCAAAGUUCAGAGGAAGAAGAGGCUGAUCAAAUGAUCAUACAGUGAUUUUCCCACUUUGUUGAAAAUUAAUUUUCAUUUUAACUGUAAUUUUUCAAAUGGUUCAUUUAAAAAUGUCAUUGGUGUUAAAUUGUUAAAUGUUCACGUGAAAGAUUUUUAUUGAAAAAAAUGUUAUUUAAUGGUAUGCUAUGUUGAUUUUAGUCUGAUCAGUGGUGUAUGUUUUGUUAUGCUAUUGACACCAUCUUAGAAAAUAAAUCUUUUAAGAUAAUUUGUAA